CAAAGUUUUUUGCACAAGUUUUUCGUACUGUAAUCUAUCGGAGGACCGGUGUCCUUUUUACUUCCUAUUUUCCGAUCCAGUACUCGCUCUUGUCGUGUUAAAUUCUUUUGCCGGGAUGAUAACGCUGCGAGUGUCGAACAGCGUGUACGCGUACAUCGCGUACCUGGUGCUGAUGGUGUACUUCCUGUGGCCGGGCCGGUUCGCGAGCCUGUACGAUUUCAUCGAGGGAGAGAACAUCUACGACCAACUGAUUCGCAAGACGACGAAAAACAUCUCCCUGUUACGGAACGGCGUCCGGUGUGACUACAGCGAGGUCAUCGAGGAGAAUCUGUCUCUGUACCGACCACCAUUCACCGAGGAAAUCAUCAACAAUAACGUGCGGCUCGGCGGAGAGUACUAUCCGGAGGAGUGCAUACCGAGCUUCAGCACCGCUAUCAUCAUUCCUUACCGGCAGCGCGAGAGGCAGUUGAACCAGUUCCUCAUAUACAUGCACAACUACCUUCGCCGGCAACGGAUUCACUAUCGUAUUUUCGUGAUCGAACAGUACGAUCCGAAACCGUUCAAUCGGGCCAAGUUGUUCAACAUCGGGGCCUUGAUUGCCAUGAGCCUAGACUAUCCUUGCUUGGUGCUGCACGACGUCGAUUUGAUGCCACUGAAUCUAGGCCAUCUAUACGCCUGCUCCCGCAAGCCGCGCCACAUGUGCUCCAGCUUGGACGUGUUCCGGUACAACCUGCCAUACCGCGGACUGUUUGGUGGUGCAGUUGCCAUAGAGUCGAAUCUAUUCCUUAGCGUGAACGGCAUGUCAAAUAUGUUUAGCGGAUGGGGUGGCGAGGACGACGAUCUGUAUGCUCGGCUGCAAAACAAGGACAUCGAAAUUUGCCGGUUCAGCCCGGCAUACAGCCAGUACUCGAUGCUGAAGCACCGAAAGGAAACGCCAAACAAGGAUCGGUUGGCUUUUCUUAAGAACGGCAAACUGCGCUUUCAUACCGAUGGACUCAAUUCGCUUGUGUACAAGCAGGUCGGCAUGAAGCUGCACAACCUCUUCACUCAUGUCCUGGUAGAGACCUAAUUUGAGACAGAACCGUCCACUAUCGAAUGUCCUUUUUGAAGGGUUUUGACGCUAACUCAAUUCGUUUUGAGUCACAUUCUACAAGAAUUAUCUAGUAGUCACGCUACGGUAACGCUUCCCAGUUCAUUUUUACGAGAUAUUUAACGAGUUUUGUUCGUUUAACACACUGGCAAAAGCAUCGUUAUUGCAUUAAGUAAAGUUUCUGCAUUUAAAUCAUAGACUGGCACCGGAAAGGUCCCGGCCAGAGUAUUAGGUACGCAGUGAACAAGAUUAUAUUGCCUUAGAAGACAAACGGGGAUAUUAGAACGCACACACCAAAUGGAAACCAUACUUGUUACAUACCAAUUCUUCGGAAUACUAAUCUCUUUUUCAGAGUUCGUUAUGGUUCCACGUAAGAUAGUGGGAGAUGAGAGAAACAAUACCAAAAAACAUAAAUAUUAAACAUCUCUAGAUUUUAACACUGCUUAAUUCCUCUUACGCCUUUCCAGCAGAGUGGAGUACGAGUUGCAGUACGAAAUGUGAAUUUAGAAAUUAAACUCCUUGACGCCUAGCUUGUAAGUAGGUACUUUUACAAUUCAAAUUGGUCGCGCUUGCUAGAAUGCAAGGAUGCUGGAAGAAGAGAUCCUGCGGAUGUGGAAGAGAAUGAAGGAGCCGUUCGAAGUAAAAGGCGUGAAGCAGGUUACAUCAAAGCAAUAAUAAAUGGAAGCGAGCAUCAUGAAGAUGAUGGAUAGGUAAAGGAAAGGAAAUACAAAAUACUUUGCGUGAUAAAAACAGUCGGAAUGGGUAGAGGAGCAAAUUUUUAGAAACUGUGCAUUACGUUAAAUUUUUCGAUCAAUACAAUAAACUUAGCGCUAGGAAAGCGAUCGAUGCGGCAGAAGGCAUCUUAGGAUUGUACUUAGCAAAA